AUGAGUUACUACGGGUUUUUAUAUUCCGUACCCGUAAACAUUAUUGUGCCCAAAGACUAUCCAUUGGCUGAGAAAAGGCUAUAUAAAGACAACUACGCCAUAAUCAAAAGUCUCGGGAGCGAUGCGAGCGAAGCUGGUUUACACGCGCUAUCUUUUAGCCGCGACGUUGGAUCUAAUUUUGUUGCUAACUCGGAUAGAUUGGACCUAUUAGCUGGUUAUGGCACUUUGGGACUGGAAAUUCUAUCACAAACAGACAAAGUAGACGCAAUACUGUGUCCGGUCGGCAGCGGAGGUCUCGUUGCUAGCAUUCUUUUAGCAAUUAAAACUCUUAAGCCAACCUGUCUUAUUUAUGGUGUAGAAUGUUCACAAGCACCAACUAUGACAAGGGCUUUGCAAGAGAAUAGACCUGUGCCUGUACAAAUCAAGCAAAAUAUUGCGGACAGUUUGUCGGAAAUGAUUGCGGGAAAAAAUUCUUACAACAUUAUACGAGGCUACUUGGAUAAGAUGAUUACUAUUGACGAAAGUUGGAUAUCCCGGGCUUUUUUAAAACUACUAGAGCGUGAAAAGAUGGUCGUAGAAGGUGCUGCGGCAUGUCCUGUUGCAGCCAUUAUGGCGGGAAAAGUUCCUGAACUUCGUGGAAAAAAUGUCGUCGUUAUCUUGUCGGGUGGUAAUUUAAACAUGAAUCGUGUACCACAUGUUAUCGAACGUGCUCUCGUAGCAGAGGGAAGGUCGUUACAUGUAACGGCUACAAUAAACGAGACGCCUGGCGCCGUGGCAAAAUUCAUUGCUAAGGUCACAGAUGCCGGCGCAGAUAUUUUAAGUAUCGUCUCGGAUAGAACUUGGAAACAACCAGAUGUUACAACUAUUAAAGUAACGGUAGUACUCCCAGAAAGGGUUUCACCGGCCCAGGCUCAUCGUUGUACAGAACUCGGCGCCGACGUAAUUAUUCACGGCGAUAAUAUAGAAGAAGCUAAAUAUUACGCCAGUAAAGCUGUUCGUGAUACUCAUCAAAUGUUGUUGUGUGCAGAUGACCCGCUGGUGAUGGCCGGCUUAGGCACCGUGGGUUUGGAGAUAAUCACGCAGUUACCCGAGACGGACGCUGUCAUUGUUCCAGUUACCAGCGGAGCCUUGCUGGCUUCUGUUCUUGUGGCGUGCAAAAAGCUCAAAUGUUCCUGUCUUGUCUAUGGAGCAGAAUGCGCGAAGGUUCCGAAAAUGAUGAAAGCUCUGCAAGCAGGAAAGCCGGAGACCGUGCCCAUUGUGUCCAACUUAGCCCAAAACCUAAACGCCUCGAUAGUUGGAGCUAAUGCAUUUGCUACUCUUAAGGGCAGACUUGACAGAAUGGCAAUAGAUGAGUGUUACAUAGCAAAAGCAAUAGUCAGUAUGUUGGAGCGCGAGCGGCUAGUUGCUGAUGGAGCUGGUGUGUGCUCGCUAGCGGCUGUGAUGCAGGGUUUAGUGCCCGAGUUGAGAGGGAAGAGACUGGUGUGUGUAAUUAGCAGCGGUAACAUAGACUCGGGACGACUGGCUCGAACAAUACAACGCGGUUUGGGAGCAACUGGGCGAUUGCUUAGAUUCGGAGUGGCUGUCCCAGACCACCCAGCUGGUUUGGAGCAACUCGCUAAAACAAUUUCAGAUCAACACGCUGUUUUAAAAAGCCUUGUCACCGAGCAAAUGUGGGUGGUCAGUGAUGUACUGGUUACUUGGGCUAACAUAGUAGUGGAAACAGCCAAUGAAGAACAUUCAGCAAAUUUAAAAGAAAAGCUCAGAGAUCUAUAUCCAUCUACCAGAUUUGCAAUGGAUCUUGAUAAUAAAAAAGUUAAUGUACGGUAA